GGGCGGAGGAGAGGCUGGGUGAAGCGGGAGCCUAGAGUGGCAGCCGGUGUUGGUCCCGGUUCCUCUUGUCCUGUCCUGAGGUAGUUGGGCCGAGCGGGGAAUGGAGCGUUCUUGCUCGCCGCCACGAGCACGGAGUCUCCACUGGGGGGAGGGGGAGAAAGACAACGAGCUGGACGUGGCUGCCGGCUCCUCCGCUUUCUCUCUUCAGCAGAUGUAUAGCCAUGAUAUUGAGCUGCCUUGCCAAAAACCGAAGGAGUUUGUGAAGAGCUCUCUAUCGUGCAAAUGGAAUCUAGCAGAAGCUCAGCAGAAACUUGGUAGUUUAGUACUACAUAACUCUGAAUCCUUGGAUCAGGAAAAUGCCAAAGCGCAAACAUCAGUGUCAGAACUGAGGCAGAGGGAAGAAGAGUGGCGACAAAAAGAGGAGGCCCUGAUCCAGCGAGAGAGAAUGUGUCUGUGGAACGUGGAUGCUGUUAGCAAGGAUGUUUUUAAUAAGAGUUUUAUCAAUCCCCAAAAAAGAAUAGAAGACGAAGAUGAAUCCAAAUCAUUCAUGCAGAAAUAUGAACAAAGGAUCAGACAUUUUGGUAUGCUAAGCAGAUGGGAUGACAGCCAGAGAUUUUUAUCUGAUCAGCCAUAUCUUGUGUGUGAAGAAACUGCUAAGUAUCUUAUUUUAUGGUGUUUUCAUCUAGAAGCUGAACAGAAAGGGGCCUUAAUGGAACAAGUAGCACACCAAGCCAUCGUAAUGCAGUUUAUUAUAGAAAUGGCCAAAAACUGUAAUGUGGAUCCAAGAGGGUGUUUUCGUUUAUUUUUCCAAAAAGCCAAAGCAGAGGAAGAAGGUUAUUUUGAGGCAUUCAAAGCUGAACUAGAAGCAUUCAAGUCAAGAGUAAGACACUAUUCUCAGUCACAAAAUUAUCCAGCUAUACCCAUGCAGAGUCAUGUUCUCCAAACUGGUUUUGGAUCUAUAGGAUUAUUGGAGUCCGUGCCACAGAAUCCAGAUUAUCUUCAGUGCUGUAUGAACGUGGCCGUCUGCAAUUUAAACUCAAUGGUACAUAAAGAGGAUGAUGAAUCUAAAAUGAUGGACACUAUGUAGUUCACUUAAGACUGCUGAAGCCAAGAACUAUUUUGUUACCAGAAAGGAUUAACUUUUUUCUUGACAAUUUUAUGGGUGCUGCACUUUAUUUUUGUUUGGUUUUUGAGGGGAGUUCUGAAAUUUUGUAACUUUUCCUGUUUUGUUGGUUUUUUUUUUUGAAAAUGUGCUGCUAGGUUUUUUUUUUUGUUUUCUCUGGAGGGAGGAGAGGUUCCAUAUGUUGCAGGACGCUAAACUGGACUUUUUUGGCUAAUAAAUUUGCCUUUAAUCUUAUAAUUCUCAAUUUUUGGAAUUGAAGUAUGAAAAUCUGCACAAAUGCAUUGUUUACAAGAACUGGCUAACGAAGACAUCCGCUAGUCUCUUUUUGUAUAGACACGUUCGUGACUUAUUCUACAACAAAUGACUAAAGCUAACUAUAUCAUUCUGCUAAUUUAGCUGUUAAAUCUGGUGAUUCACAUUAAAAGCAAUAAAUCCAUAGUUGAUAGCAACCUCACAGAUCCAGGUGAUGCAGAUUAAAACACUCCUUUUUAUCUUACUGAAAUGACACUUUUCCUUGUGUUAGGUCUUCUCAAAACACUGAUAUACCACAUUUCCCUGCAUAACUGCCCCCCACAUUUUUGCAUACGGUGGGGGUGGGGGAGGCUAGUAUGCAGAGAAUUAAGCCUAGCAUUAAGGGGAGCAGGAGAAAAAAAUAAAAGUUUUAAAGAGGGAGGAAAGGAGUGGGGAGAAGAAAGAGCAAGGUAAGAGGGCAGUGCUACUGCAUACAAAGAUAUUGCAUACAAAAGGCACCUCAAUUAAUAACCUCCCUCCUAUCAAGUUGUACACCUGCACUUGAAGAAUAAACUCUUUUUCCUCCUCAAAAAUGGAGGGGAGAGAAUUAUGCAGUAGAGGAAAUCAUGCAAAUAAAUACAGUAAUCGGAUUAUUCCAAAAUUUAAAAAGCUGUGUUCCUCAAGUACAAUCGAUGCACUAACUGAUCUAUAUCUUUUUUAACGAAUUUAAGCCUAGAUGUAUGUAUCAGUGAUAAGUAUUGGAAAAAAAAUUUCAAUGGUAGCUGUUCUGAACACUUCCUUGGGAAGAAAAACCAGUUGAAACUAAUCUUUACCUGUGACAAUCUGAAAACAUACACUGAAAGAACGUAAAUGGCUUAGGUAAUGGUAAAAUCCCUUUUGCUUUCAAGGUUACUCAUUUUGAAGAACUAGAUCAAUUGUUUUACUCAGUAAAGUUAAGCGGAUUAGAUUGUGUAGAAACUAAUUUUCGGUCUUUAAUUUGGUUAGUUUUAUCACAGCCAUUACUAGUCUUUUUUGGCCAUGACGAAAUUAUUUUAGGCUGUCUUCUCCAGUUGUUUCUCCAUAGAAACGAUGAGGUCGCUAAACAUAGAAGCAUUUACUAACAGUUUUAAUUUGAAGUUAUAUGACUUUGCCAUACUAAAUAUUUAGCAAACCCACCAAGUCGUUGCACUAGAAAUACAAACAACUACCACGUGUCUUCCUUCCAUUCUACCCUUUUUCUGAGUAAAAUGUUCCCUUUGUUCUGUCAAUACUAUAAAAAUGUAAAUAAAUGCUCUGAGACAAUGUA